AUGAGUUCUCGCGACUCCACGGCUCAUCAUCACCAACCUACACCCCCCGAUACGCAUAGAAACCUCCGCUGGCGAACCUACCAAGACACCGCUACCACCGCCACGACUACCACCUCCUUCACCACCACUGCCAGCCCCAAAGCCGGCAGUAGCAGCAGAAGCUUUAGCAUCGGCUUGCAGCAAUCCGCACGCAACACGCUCGCCUCGAUCCGCGACCGCCUCCCCUCCAACGUACACAGCCGCCUCGCCAGCAGCGAGCCAGUCACCAAGAUGGGUGGCCAAAUAUCCAAGGUGAUGGGCAAGAUCUUCGGGUCCAAGGAGAUGCGCCUCCUCAUGCUCGGCCUCGACGCCGCCGGCAAGACCACCAUCCUCUACAAGCUUAAGCUUGGCCAGGACGUCACCACCAUCCCCACCGUCGGCUUCAACGUCGAGACGGUCACUUACAAGAACGUCAAGUUCAACGUCUGGGACGUGGGCGGCCAGGACAAGAUUCGGCCCCUCUGGAGGCAUUACUUUUCGGGCACCCAGGGUCUCAUCUUCGUCAUCGAUUCGGCCGACCGCAACCGCAUCGACGAGGCUCGCCAGGAGCUGCACCGCAUCAUCAACGACCGAGAAAUGAAGGACAGCCUGCUGCUCGUCUUCGCCAACAAGCAGGACCUCAAGGAGGCCAUGAAGCCCCAGGAGGUGACCGAGGCCCUGCAGCUCGCCCGUCUCAAGGACAAGGUCUGGUACGUGGUGCCCAGCUGCGCCACCACCGGCGAGGGCCUGCUCGAGGGCCUGGCCUGGCUGUCCAACAAUGUCAAGUCGCAGCCCGCCCCUGUCAAGAAGUGA